AUGUACAAAUUCAGAAAGAAGCAAGACCUAAAAAAACUACAACAGCAAAGCCAACAAUCCGGAGAUGAAUCACAACAAGCAAGAGUACCGUCCUUGCCUCCCGAACUACCCGCGUCUGAUUUUCGCACCUCUCUCAUUCUACCUCAACUCACGAAAAGAUUUAGCGUGUUAAGGCGUGGACAAACACCAUCAUUGACUCUUCAACAGCCCGAAGAGCAAACAAUAGUCCAAGACAUUGACAAUAAUGCUGACAACAUAUCGACAAAGACAACGAAUGCAUCCCACAACCCUUCCCCAAUACAACAAUCUCAUAUACCGACCUCUUCCCUUCGUCACGAAUACGAAGAUUCUCCCAACUCCUCCCAUUCCACGAAUAAUAAAUCUAAUGCAUUGUCUCAGUCAAAUGCGCCUUCAGUUCACAAAGCACGUUCUCAUUUGGUUGAAAUAAAUGAAGACGACGAGACUUCCGUAUCAUCAUUCAACUCGUAUACUCCGCCCACAUCUAUUUCAUCUUCUAAUGGAAGCAACAACGAUUUAACCCACGCCAAAUCGUAUUAUGCCAAUACCGUGGGAAAGUCGUAUCCGAGGGUUGUAAGCGAUGCAAGUCACCGUAGUGGAUCUUCGGGAACAAGUGUAGUCGGCGUUGUUAGUUCUAUGGACAAUAUUAUGGAAAAUAUAAGGGAGGGCGAGGACGAGACAGAGAAAGAGACGAAUCUAAUAAGCGACAACGACUACGCGGUCGGCGACGAUAAUUUUGGUCUUCCAGUUCCUGACCCCUAUGCUGAUCAAUUGGAAGCGCAAAAUAUCGCAUAUGGUGAAGCUUAUUCGGAUCCAUAUCCCGCUUCAUAUAUCAAUCAACAAGGAUACUCAGAUGAAUACGUAGCGUAUCCUGAGCAAUAUGCGCAUCCUGAACAAUACGCACAUCCUGAGCAAUAUGAACAAUACGAACAUCCUGAGCAAUAUGCGCAAUACACAUAUCCUGCUCUUCCUUUUGGUCGCUCCAUUCCCCGAUCAGAUGAACAGUUUUAUACACAUACAUCUACUAACUAUGGAAACGAUAUGUACACAGUAUCACAGGAUUCAGAGUUUCCAAUAGCACUACCUUCGAAUUGGUAUAGUGAUGAGCCCGUAACACAAAGCUCAGUUCUAGUCGCGUACUCACCGGACGAGCAGUCCUAUGACGAAUCUUCAUAUUUUCCCGACUAUUCGCCGCAAGUAUCACCCCCGUUGUCAUCACCAUCACCAACGUCAAUGCUAUUGCCAGAAAUGCCAAUGAGGACAUUAUCAAAAUCACGUUCUGCGGAACGGUUUGCUGUACCAACCAAGGCUUCUUUGGAUCAGAAACUACACCCAUACGCUGAAAAUACACAAAAUCUCAUCCCUCCAGUAUCACCAACUCUUCCAGGAUUCGUUCAUACUACAUUAGCUAAACGUUCCUACGCUCUUUACUCUCCCCCUCCGACAAAAGAUAGACCUCUCCAGACAAAGUCUCCGUUAGAAAAACUCUCUCAAACAAUGAAAUCGUUAUCGCUUCAAUCAACAAAUUUAGAGUCGGAACAGGCAGGACGCGAGAAAGAGGCAAUGGUGGGUAUGGAUGGUGGGGUUGUUGCAGAAAACGUUCAGAUCAUGCAGAGGCGGAAAGAAGACUUUUUGACUAACAAUGGAAAAGUCGAGGAUUAUGCAAAAGGUUAUUCUGGUAAAGGAACCUAUCUUGAUAGGAAUAUGGUUGAGGAUAACGCAGCGAAUGACAAGGAACAAGAUGGUAUCAUAUCAACACAGCCAGGUGACAGAUCAUCGGCGGGAUCAUCAAUAGCAAAUUCGUUACAGAGGCUGCAAGCGCGAGUACUUGAAUCUCCAAUUGAUCCAUCCGAAACUAAGAAUUUUGUAGCAUCGCAUCCACAAAAUACAGAAACCAAUGUUCGACCACAGACAGACAUUUUACCUUCUCAACAAACAACUGAUAUUUCACUUUCUGAGCAACAAACAAAUUUCUUACUUUCUCAGCGAGCAAACUUUGUAGCUCCCAAACAACCACCACCACCCAAACCAGAACCACCUUCACAAACGCUCACUGAUACUCUAAUAGCUAGUGGUCAGGUGGAUAUUGCAAAUCAAGUACUGAUAAUGCGACGGCUUCAGAAUGCGUCCGUAUCGAUGUACGAACAGAGGUCAAGAUCAAUAACUCGCAGAUUCAAGAAACCCAUUAAUCCUAAAGACAUUUCUGGUCCGCAGCUGAUUGCAUCCUCAUCCAACGUAAAAUCAAUUCCUAUUGUUCAUCUUGAUAGGGAUGAAGACCCCGAAUACGGUUCAUUCACGCGGAGAUUAUCUUUGCGUGAGAAUGAGAAUGCGUUUUCAAAGUCAAUUCGAAGGAUAAAAGAUGUAUUUGUUAAUGAUAAUGAAGGCAAUCGUUUAAAGAAAAAGAAACGUAGUAAUGAUGUUUUGAGAUUGCAAGUGUUUAAUGAUACCUUGUCACGCAAAUCUGUCUCUGAGGAGAACUUAAGUCGUCGAUAUGACACUGACAAUGGCCUAUGGAGAAAUAAUAGCACCACCUCACUAACCAAGGAUUAUCAGGAUAACGAUCGCAGCAUGUCUAUUAAAUCAAUGAGUGAUGACAACGCUAUUCUAGUGACGGGUGAAAACGACAUUGUAUUUCCACGUCCACCGCCAAUGUACGACAUUGACGCAUUAAAGAGACAUGCCGAAACUGUCACUAAAUAUUCUACAUCAAAGAAAUCUCGCACAUCGUCGCAAUCUGGUGAAUCGGGUAAUGCAUCGACCAGAAGUUCCGCGUCGGCCGGUAGAGCAUCGCUUGGGAAAAAGGCUUCAAAAGAAUUAAUCAAGGAGACUAUCCAGGAAACUGAAAACGACAGUAGGUUGUCUCAAUCCAAGCUCACUGUAGACGUCAAUCUCAGGAAGAAUGGUACGGACGACGUACGGGAUACUACUGAUUCAGACUCGAAUACAAGUUUUGCUCCUGUCAGUCCAUUGUCACAAAAUUCGGUAGAUGUAUCGGGAUCGACUACUCCCCAACCGCUAUCUCCACUUGGUUCUCUUCGAUCACGGAGGAACUCGAAGAGCGGAUCCAUCAAGCGAGAUAAGCCUACUACUGGAGCUUUUAGGCAAAACAGCAAAGACAGUUCAACAGAAAAAUCUAAACGAGGCGCCAACAGGAAUUCAAAGACGUCAUCUAAAUUACUAUCUAUAUUUAGUAACUUUGGAAAUCGUAAUAGCGGUGGGAUAAAGAACUCUCUUCAGGGCAUGGAUUCCAAUUCCAUCCCUACAAUUAUACAGCCCGCUGAACAAUCCGAUUCGAUGGUUGACUCGCCAACAGAAGUUCCUAAACCACGGAACCCUGUGAUAAGGCGUACGAUCAUCAUUACAAAAUCAGUCCUUCCUCCAUUGCCCGACGAUGCCAAAUCAGCAGAUGAUACUGACAACGCCACGGGUUUGGACAAGAAACUUCAUGUUGGUGGAAUACAUAUUGACUCUGAAGGUCGAAAGUGGUACUUGACACGAGUAGAUGAAGACGUACAAUCGACGACGAAUGUACGUCAGAGCCAGAGUGAUAACAAAGAUGCUCAGAAUACGUCGACCAAGUUCUUGGACAUCCCAGUAUCAAACGAGACAUUACGUAACCGGCCGCCUACACCCGUGCCAUCACCCAAUACGCGAGAGUCCAUAUUGGAACCGCCGUACGGAAUACCGAUACCGCCUAUCCCCACGCUUCAUUCAGAUGCUUUGCUUUCGCAUCGAAGUAGCGUGGCAUCUAAACGAGCUAGUAAACAAAGCGUUGCUUCUUCUUUGUCAUCCACUAGUCGACUUAGGAAAUCUACUGGCGGAAAGAGCAUUGCUAGUGCAUAUGGCGAAAAUGACAAUGGCUUUAAACGUUCGGUUCUAUUUGAUAGUGAUGCUCUCUUGGAAGAGUUGGAACACCAGCAACACGUCGAAGUGCUCGAAUUAGCUGACGGGUCUUAUGUUUGGCAAGUUGUUGAUGGGACGCGCACAAGCAAUGUGGGAAAGUUUAGUCAAUGUUUCGACGAAUAUUACAGUAAGAAGAAUGGAGAAGAUAGUGAUACGGAGGAUAGCAGUCGAUAUAGUCACUUGGACUAUUAUCAUAACUAUCCAUCACCGUUGCAUCUGCCUGGAGUUCAACAAUCUCAAUCCCGUGUUUCCUCAUAUCUCUUACCACGUUCUUCCCAGUCAUCGAACUCAAAACGCUCUUCCAGCACGUCAAAUGAUAAUCAGUUGGAUCAAUUACCGCAGACAAGCGUAUAUAUAGCAAAAGACAUUUCACUCCCUCGUCUGAUUGAGGAGAUGUCAAAAGGUCUGAAUCGAUUUGAGCAGUCAUCGAAUGAUAGCAAUUAUAUAUAUGGAGGCGAAGUUUCAGCGGGUGGAACCGGAGUCGUUGGCGAAACAACUGUGGAAGAGAAGCUCGAUCAGGUUAUGAAGGUGUUGGGUGUUGAUGAGAAAGGAGUUUAUGUUUCUAAUAUAUAA